GCGGAGGCUGUGGCCCAGGGCACCUCCCCCCCGGCUUCCCCAAACCCUGCCCGGUCAGACCCGAGGGGGAGGAUGGAAACAUCGGCCCAACUCUGAGCCCCUCAGGAAGAUAACACCCUUCCCGCCCAGUCGCCCUGCGGUCCAGCGGAGGCCACCGACUCGUUCCCUCCAAGUCUCCAUCUCCCCGAGCCGGACCGAGCGGAAAAACCAGCGAUGGCGGAAACCCUGAGGAAACUGGUCUCCAACGAUUUUUUACAAACGAUGUACGAGAACCUGGAGCGCUGGCAGAGGGAUUACAACACAAACUCAUGUGAUCAGAAUCUAAGUUUUUGCCUGGAAUUCAUUGAACAAGUUGCCAAGAUGCAGGGACAACUCUUUGGAAUCCUCACUACAACAGCUCAAGAAGGAGGACGUUAUGAUGGUGUGGAAGUAAUCAAAUCACGCCUUUUGCCUUGGCUGGAGACCGCCUUUACUGCUGCUUCCCUGGGAAAACCUAUUGACAGCAAGGUCCCCUCUCUGCAGGACACGUUUGAAAGGGAGAGACAGAAAGAGGCUCGAGAUCGGGAGAUGAAACAAUUAGAAGUGGAGCUGAGCUCAACUCAUAAUCAAAUCAACCAGAUUCAAGACGAUCUGCCUGACUCUCCAAAGACUCUUGAAGCAACCAAGAACAGAUCGGCCAUAUCCCUUUUGGCUGCAGAGGAGGAAAUAAAUCAGCUAAAAAAGCAGCUUAAAUCUCUUCAAUCCCAGGAGGACUCCCGCUACAGAGGUCCGGAGCCGAGGACCUCGGAGUUGAGGCGGUCAGAGCAUCGCAGCUCGGAAAAGCGCAGCGGCUUGGACAAGCGCAUCUCUGGCUUGGACAAGCGUGACCGUGACCGUGACCGUGACCGUGACCGGUGUGACCCCGAAGUGAUAUCCGAUUAUGAGAAGCAGGUCCGCUCGCUGAAGGACGAGAUCGCUGCUCUGACGGCCGAAAAGUCUGCCCUCCAAGAAAGGUCCGACACAUUCUCACACAGCUUCUCUCUUAAGUGCCUUGUGCUAGUGAAACAACAAAGUAACUAUUACUGUGGUUGGGAAACCAAGCAAAGUGACUCCCUUGAACUCAGACCCCAACAAUACGGGAACUGCAAUUUUUAUGUGCAGGAGGCAUUCCAUGUAGCUAAAAUGGCGUUCAGACAUUUCAAGAUCCGUGUAAGGAAAUCUUUGACACCGUCUUAUAUGGGGGCGAAUGACUUUGAGGAUGCCGUCACGGAUUAUAUAAUUUGUCACCUUGAUCUAUACGAUUCCCAAAACAGUGUCAACGACGUGAUUCGAGCCAUGAAUGUCAAUCCCAAGAUUUCAUUCCCUCCGGAAGUUGAUUUUUGCCUCCUCAGUAACUUCAUCCAGGAGAUAUGUUGCAUUGCCUUUGCGAUGCAGACUUUAGAGCCACCCCUAGAUAUUGCAUUUGGGGCCGAUGGAGAAAUGUUCAAUGAUUGCAAGUACCGUCGCAGCUAUGACUCGGAUUUCACGGCGCCCUUGGUCUUCUAUCACGUGUGGCCUGCCCUCAUGGAGAAUGACAUCGUUGUUAUGAAGGGGGAAGCUGUCACCAAGAGAGGGGCUUUUUGGAAUUCUGUGCGACCACUAAGCCGAAGUCGAAGCAGGAGUUUAAGUCCCAUCUGCCCCCGUAGCCGUAUUGGUAUGAGCCUGAUAUCUCGAAGCCGGAGUCCUUCUCCGAUAAGAUGUGCACUGCCAAGGUACUAAACCACCAGGCGUGUUCCUCUGCCACAGCACAUCACCUGCACCAGCGCAUCUACACCAGCCAGCCUCCCUGACGCCCAUCUGCCUCCCCGGCGCCCGCCCGCCUGCUGUGUCUGCCGCACUCCUCACUUAAGAUAAUGUGAAAGGGCAAUUCUGUGUAUCACUCCACACAGAGACUUAAAUGUUUUGGCUUGACGCAUUUGUAACUUCAGAUAUAUUGCAUUUUAUUUUAUUUGAUAGGUACCAACCCCAUGACUUUGAUAAAAACGAUUGCAUGGGUGUUUAGGAUCACAUUCAUUCGAAGCAGUCCAUUGCCCAGGUUCAGGAUUCUCAUGGCAACUGGGUGAACACCCUCGGAAAACCUUUACCAUGCCGAGUCCAAAAGACAGAGGAGAGGUCGUAGUUUACAAAUGGAUCAUCAGCAUUAUAAUUUAUAGGAUUAGCUCUACCUUGAAAACAAAAUUGGGUGUUUUACUUUGCUUUUGAGGUUUGGAAGCCAGCCCUAAGCUCAGGUUGGGGAACUUGUAGUAGGAAUGGUGACGUUAGGCUGCAUACAGAGGAUGGUGAGUGACCAGGCCGUAGGUCAUUCACUGGCUUGCUUCUGCUUUCUUACUUUGGGUGCCCAGUUUGGUUGAGCUGAGUACUGUACGUUGAAGCUACUGAGUUGAGAGUUUUCUCGCUUCAUAAGUGCGGAGCAGUGAUUUGGACAGAAGGCAGCAUUGAGAUAAAUGUUUAUUACCUUAUGCUUAUCUCCUGGGAAUGUUUCAUACAGCUUUAAUGUAUAUGUUAAAUAUAACAGCUACCUGGGCCAUGCCCUUUCCCUAUUCCACCUACUUGGUCACAAAUUCAGACCUUCUAUGAACUCUGUCUGACCCCAAAUACCUAAACUCAAGGCCUAAAACUAGGAACACCAUUUACUGGUUUUAUUCCUCAAUUUCUUCACUGUGAAGUUCUGUUGUAAGUUCAAGAUAAAAAUGGAAUGUGGCUUUUCAAGAUAAGCAAUAGUCUUUUUAGGCUUUUUGUUUAUUUUUUUUUUUUUACUUUAACACUGGCCUUGUACACAAGCCUGACAAAUGACUGCUUUCGCCAAGUGCCUUUUAGAGAGAAACUCUGAAUUGGCCACAGCUCAGCUUGCAUCAGCUCAGUGCCAAACCCAGCACCUGAAGCUUUUCAGGUGGAACCUCUCCCCCCCACCCCCCACCCCCCGCCCGAAUUUAUCUAAAACAUCUGUCCCUAGAGAGGAGGGAGAGAUGGCCCAGUGCUGCCCUUGGGUGUAAUGUCACCAGCGCAUCCUGCAGGGUGAGUUGGUUUUCCCCACGCGGAGUAUUUGUGUAGUUCUCUCUUCAGGGCCAUGCAGGGUGCUAGAAGGAGAACCUGGUGUCAGGUAACUCCAGUUCCAUUUGGUCAUUAGCUGGCUUUGUGGCCUUGAGCAAGUUACUUCACCUCUCUGAGCCUUUGUCCCCUGUGGAGUGAGAGACUGGAUGAGAUUAGUGGUUCUCUCCACCCUCCCAGGGUCAGUGCCCCCUUUUUCAAACAAAUUUUUUUUUCUGGCAAUUCUGAAGUGGAAUUCAAAGUUAAUGGGAUCAACAUGACAUAUAUUUUUAAACAAUGAAUAUAAUACCCUAACUGUAAUAGGAUGCAGUAAAAAGGAAAGACACUUUUUAAGAGAAUAAAAUGUAUUUAAUAGCAAAGCUUGGGUGUGACCAUCUGGAAGAUAGAAUGAAGUCAUCAGAUGCUUUCACCGUGUGUAGCAUCACAAGCUCCCAGGACAGACCAGCGUGUGUUGCAUUGGCAACAUUCCACGUAGGGUUGUCACUGGGUAUGAUUCUCUGAAGUGGUAGACAGCUCUCGGAAAGUUUUAAACAAAAAUCUUAGAGUUGUGCCUUGUACAUGCAUUCCUGGAAUAGUUGCUGGAUAGUAAAACCAUGCAACAAUUACCUUUAGCUAUAUGUCGAAAGGUCAUUUCUAACAUCUCACUAAGUAAAGAGAAUGCUUAUACACCAGAGUUUUCUUUGUGGAGUUGGAUGUGGAAGUUCAUGCCCUGAUUUGGAAAAAAGGACACCUGUAUUCUGUGUAUUUGCUCCGUACCCUGUCUGGCCACGUGCCAUUUCUCAGGUCUCCAGUUUGAACUAUAACCACAACAGGGAAUGAGGGGUAGUCUAGAGUAAUUUUUGGAAAAAAAUCCACAAAACCAAAGGAGGCCGACCUGUGCUCCUUUCACCCGGGUAUGCACCUUAACCUGAGUGACUUUGAAAAAUGAAAAGCUCUUACUUCAUAAUCUGGGUAAAUAUUAGCUUCUGUAUUAUUGGUUUAAUAUCGAAUAAUAAAAUUGAGGAAAAAAAA